CGCAAAAAACCUGGAUAGAUACACACAAACACACACACACACACACACACACACACACAGUCCUAAGGAUGUGUGGCUCGAGACAGUGGCUCUUCAGAGUCACCUACUUCAUAUUUGAAUUUCUUCAGUAUUAUGCAGUGCGUGUCACAGUGAGGGAGUCCAGUUUGGAUGUGGUGCAGGGUGACUCCAUCACUUUACCUUGCUCCUUUUUCACCAUGAACCCCCUGAUACGCCUCAGCAUCAUCUGGACCCUGACUCCCUUUUCUGACCAAGAAAAUCCCACACAGGUGAUUGUGUAUGAUCAGGGGCAGGUCAUCGAAAGCCCAUCCUUCACUGGCAGGGUGGGGUUUACUGACAUACCAUGGAAUGCUGAUAUUGUUCUGAAUGAAACACGUAUUUCUGAUACUGGCAUCUACCGUUGUGUGGUGAGCAAUCCACCAGAGACAGGAGACCCGGGAAUAGGAGAACUCAGCCUCAGAGUCCUGGUGCCCCCGUCCCUGCCCGUGUGUAUGUGGGAGGGAGACACUGAUGUGGGUAGCACUGUGACAUUGACCUGCCUGGUAACGGAGGGAAUCCCCAUUCCAGUAAUAAGCUGGGAGAAGCUGGAGCCAGAUCACAUCACCUUACCCAUUUGCGCAGGGGGAGAGUCAAAGGGCGUGGUGCAAAUUGCAAACAUGUCUUCAUGGGACUCUGGAGUGUAUCGCUGCUCCGUGACCAACGCUCUGGGCACACGAAACUGCUACGUGAAGCUUACAGUGUACACCCCUACAGAGAAUGCCCCAGGCCUCCUGCAGGGGGUGCUAAUCUCACUAUCCAUGGGCCUGGUGCUGCUGACCCUGUUGGCACUGGUGCUGUGGCUCCACCGCUCGGCUCAGGAGAGCAUAUGGAGGGACAGACGUGUGGAGGAGUGCUACAACGAGAUUGCAAACACUCCCUCUUUAAUCAAGCGCUCAUUUGUCUGAACCUGGAUUGACCUGGAAACAAAUGCCUUCCCAGUCCAAAAAUCUACAUUUGAUAUACACUACACUGAUUACGAUUGCUGUCUGUAUUAAUAUACAGAAUAAAUCCUGUACCUUCUGUAGUGUAGACCAAUACUCCUUGGUGCUGUAAGUCAGGUCACUUUAGGGAAAUGAAGUCGAUAAAAGCUCAAAUAAUGAUGUAUAAUUUGAUGGAUUUUAUUUUAUUCUUCCUUAUUAAAAUAGUGAGUACGUAUGUUAACUUUCUGGUAAAACUAUUGCU